ACUGGGCUGUACUGGGAUAGUCUGGGGUGAUACUGGGAUAGUCCAGGGUGAUACUGGGCUGCACUGGGACAGUCUGAACUUCUGUUGGGCUGCACUGGGUUUGUACUGGGCCGUACUGGGUUAUAGUGAGCUGUGCUGGGUUAUAGUAGGGUGUACUGAGUUAUCCUGGGCUGUACCAGGCUGUACUGGGUUAUACUGGGCUGUACCGUGCCGUACUAGGUUGUACUGGGCUGUACUGGGUUGUAGCGAGCUGUACUGGGCCGUACUGGUUUAUACUGGGGCCAUCCUGGCGGUUCAGGCCGUGGAUCAGCGCUGUCAUGGAGCGCUUCGUGCUGGGGAACCGGGCGGCUCUGCAGGAUCACGUCCAGCAGCACCAGGAGAUCCACGUGGUGAUGGGCAACGAGGCCUGUGACCUGGACUCCGCCGUCUCCGCGCUGGCCCUGGCCUAUUUCCUCGCCCAGACCACCCCGGCUCCCAAGGCCGCCUUCGUGCCCGUGCUGAACAUCCCCCGCGCCGACUUCGCGCUGCGGACGGAGACGACGUUCCUGCUGCGGGAGCGGGGCAUCUCGGACACCUCGCUGGUCUUCAGGGAUGAGAUCGACCUGGGAGGGCUGCACCACGCUGGGCUGCUGUCCCUGACUCUGGUGGAUCACCAUGUCCUGCCCGGUGCUGACGCUGCCCUGGAGGAGGCCGUGGUGGAGGUCCUGGAUCACCGACCGCUGGAGCGGGCCCGAGGCCCCCCGUGCCAGGUGACAGUGGAGCCCGUGGGCUCCUGUGCCACCCUGGUGACCGAGAGGAUCCUGCAGGGCCCCCCGGGCGUGCUGGACAGAACCACGGCCGCGCUGCUGCACGGCACCAUCCUGCUGGACUGCAUCAACCUGAGCCCGGCUGCAGGCAAGGUGACCCCCAGGGACGUGGCCUGCGUGUCCCUGCUGGAGGAGAGGUUCCCGGAGCUGCCGGCCCGUGACGCCGUGUUCGGAGCGCUGCAGGCGGCCAAGUUUGAUGUCACGGGGCUGACAACAGAGCAGAUGCUGCGGAAGGACCUCAAAGUCCUCUCCAACGACGAGGCUGUCGUCGGCAUCAGCGGCGUCUUCGAGGACUUGGAAACCUUCCUGCUGCGGCCUGGCUUGCUGCAGGACCUGGAGGCUUUCUGCCAGGCCCGUGGCUACGCCGGGCUGGUGGCCAUGACCGUGUCCUUUAACCAGCACCACGAGCCCACCCGCAAACUCGCCGUGUACAGCGCGCAGGAGCCCCUCCGCGGCACGCUGUGCAGGGCUCUGGAGGAGGCGACGGCGCCGUCGCUGCUGCUGCGGCCGCUGCCCAGCCCCUGGCCCCGCGUGGCCGCCUACGCCCAGGGCAACGCCGUGGCCACCCGCAAGAAGGUGCUGCCCAUCCUCAGGGCAGCUCUGGGGGGUCUGGGGGCUGCAGGGGGCCCCGAGGAGGAGGCGGUGCCCCCGCCCACGCCCAUGAACAGCCUGGUGGAGGAGUGUCCCCUGGCGCAGGCCGUGCCCCCGCUGUGCCCCCAGGACGUGCUGGAGCGGGUCAGCCGCAUCGCCGCGGGGCAGCCGCCGGGCUCCCCGAAAUAACAGAGGCGCCCCCGCGGAGCUCUGAGGUCUGGAUGAGAAGUUGGGGUCCCUGAGCAGGCCCCCGUGGGGUGCCCGGGUGUGGGGGGGUGGCAGCUGCCUCUGUCAGAGGUCAGCUCGUGGUUUGUGCCCCCCCCAAUGGCUCCCUGUGCCCCAGCGGUCCCCAAGGUGGGGUUUUGGGGGUGCCAUGGGCAGGAGUUGCACCCCCUUGAUGAAGGCGUUGGGGUGGGGGAGUUAACGAGUUAUUGAUGAUCUUCCUUCCGUGGGGGGCAGAGGGAGGCCCCAGAGGGUGGGUCCGGACAUGCAGCCGUCCAGAACUGUCACUGUUUCCCAAGGAUUAAAUUCCCCUUUAAAUUUC